CGAAACGCGAAGGAAAAGCGGCAGUCGCGUGUCGGCCAGCGGACAGAUCGGUCCAGAGCGCGCCGCCUCAUCCUCGCGAGGGCACUUGACACAAUUGUUCGCCGGGGAAUCGAUGACUGAAAAAGUUUGCGGAAACGAUCGCCGGAGAUACGGGCCUCGAGACGCGGAAUCUGGCGGAACGUAUACGACUCGAUACGCUUUGAUAUCGGUGAAAUCGCGUAUCGAUGAAUGAGAUGUCGUAAAGUAGCACGUCCGAAGAGGACUCGAUCGGGACUCAUCGAGGAUGUUGACCUGGUAGCGGGUGUUGAUCGACGGGGAAGAUCGAUCGCGCGUUAAAGAAUUCAGCGAUUGACGUUUGCAGCCCAGCUAUCCGAUCGUUUUUCCGUCUCUUUCUCUGUCGCAUCCUUCAGUGGUGUGAAUCCAGUAAAUGGAUUCUUUAUGAGUGAUUUUUGCCGGAUCGACACGACAGCCGGAAGACACGAAUGGCCAGCGACGAGACGUCAUACUCCGAUGGACCGCGCGUGACCAGCGCGGAAUCGAUCAUCUGAUCGGCGCCGAGAAAAAUCCCGCGGAUGCGCGCGCGAUAAAGGGCCUUGAUUUCGAGAGGAAACUGAUGAGAAUGCCGAGGGAGAACAUGUGGCGGCAGAGGAGAGUGCCUGUUCCCAAGAGGACGAUCGAAUUGAUCGCUUUGGUAGCGAUUUCCAGUACGCUGUUCCUCUUUCUGCACACAAGAGAUCUACACUCGCGUCUGAAAAAGAUGGAAGUGCGUCUUCAACCGGGGGAAGAUGACGUGCUUUCGGCGAAUCAGCUGUCAUCUGAAGGCGUUCAAACGGAUUCCAAUCCAAGCGGAAUCAUCCAUUACUCGAAUGUGCAGCGUACUGUUACGGGGAAGUACGAGGAGCAGGAGACGCUCGACAUUGAGGCCCUCAACAAUACGAGAAGGGCCGACCGGCAGGUCUUAUUCUUCAAUCGCGUGCCGAAAGUCGGCUCGCAGACCUUCAUGGAGCUGCUGAGGAGGCUGUCGAUAAGGAAUGCUUUUUCAUUCAAUAGGGACCGCGUGCAGCGAGUCGAGACCAUACGUCUUGCGCCGAUCGAACAGCUUCAUCUCGCCAGGAUGGUCAGCAGCUAUUCAGAGCCCUCUGUCUACGUAAAGCACGUCUGCUUUACUAACUUCACAGAAUUCCAUCUGCCGGAGCCGAUUUACAUCAACGUGGUCCGCGAUCCUGUGGAGAGAGUCAUAUCCUGGUAUUAUUAUGUAAGAGCGCCGUGGUAUUACGUGGAGAGGAAGCAGAUCUUCCCAGAUCUGCCGCUACCCGAUCCCAAUUGGCUCAAGAAGGACUUCGAGUCGUGCGUUCUUAAGGGAGAUCGAGAGUGCAGAUAUCUAGAGGGCGAGGUCCACGAAGGUAUCGGCGAUCAUCGCAGGCAAACGCUCUUCUUCUGCGGACACAGCGAGAAAUGCACGUAA